AUGCCUCACUUCAAUUCCAAUCACGUGAAAUUGGAGAACGUAUUUUAUGUUCUUGAAAUGAAGAAGAAUUUUGUGUCAGUAUCUCAAUUGCUAUCAGUAGGCAAAUUCGUCGUGUUUGAACCUGGAAGUGUCAAAGUGUACCAUAAUCUCAAAGUUAGUGGUAUGUCAUUGAUGGAAGGGCGAAGAAUAGACUCCAUCUAUGUCAUGUCAUCAGAGACCACCUACGUGAAUAAAACACGAAAGAGUGAAAUAGUAGAUAUGUGGCAUGCAAGAUUUAGUCAUUUUAGCUAUAGAAAAUUGAAGAUAAUGAUGAAUAAGUCUAUGCUUAAGGGGCUACCUCAACUUGAUGUCAAAGAAGACAUGGUCUAUGCUGGUUGCUAA